GAGUUCACGAAGAAGAACAAACCGGCUGUUUACAGUCACGAAGCUAGCAGAAAUGAAACAUUUGAGCAGUUAAACGGGUUAAUUUUGUCCUAUUUCAGAAUUCAAAUGACGGCGGAAGAGAGAGCAGACUGAUUUGUAAUAAUAUGAAACAGAAUCGUGUGUGCUGAAGAAAAUGAUAAGUCAAAUCUUCAUCUUGUCAUCAAAGGGAGAUCAUCUCAUAUAUAAAGACUUUCGAGGAGAGGCCAGUAAAGACUCCAUCAAUGUAUUCUAUGAGAUGGUCACAGCUCUUAGUGGGGAUCAGCCUCCGGUUGUCAUGACACACAAAGACCAUCAUUUCAUCCAUGUAAGGCAGGGUGGGCUUUACUGGGUUGCGUCCACCAAGACAAACCCAUCCCCCUUCACCAUAAUUGAGUUCCUUAACAGAUUAGCAGCUCUUACCAAGGACUACUGUGGCAGUUUGUCAGAGAAAUCAGUGCGGAUGAAUUUUGCUCUAAUUUAUGAGCUGCUGGAUGAGAUGGUGGACUUUGGCUACAUACAGACGACCUCAACUGACAUACUGAAAAACUUCAUCCAGACAGAAGCUGUGUCAUCCAAACCCUUCAGUCUCUUUGACCUCAGUAAUGUUGGUUUGUUUGGGGCUGAGACGCAACAGAGUAAAGUGGCCCCUAGUGUUGCAGCCAGUCGUCCUAUAAUGUCCAGUCGAGGAGAGCAGGGUGGACAGAAUGAGAUCUUUGUGGAUGUAAUAGAGAGGUUGUCUGUGGUUAUUGGCUCCAAUGGAGUUUUAAUGAAAGCAGAUAUUCAGGGAGAGAUAAGAAUAAAAUGCUUUCUUCCAACCUGUUCAGAGAUGCGGAUUGGACUGAAUGAAGAGCUUAAUAUUGGAAAGUCCCAGCUGAAAGGCUAUAGUUCAGCUGUGCGUGUAGAUGAAUGCAGAUUCCACCAGGCUGUUAAACUGGAUGAAUUUGAUACUUUCAGAAUAUUGAAAGUUUGUCCCAGCCAAGGAGAGCAAACAGUGAUGCAGUAUCAGCUGUGUGACGAGCUGCCGUGUGCACCACCAUUUCAGUUAUUCCCCUCUAUAGAAAAAGAUUAUGUCAACAGGGUGUUGAUCUUUCUUAAACUUCGCUGUGAUCUUCCACCUAAAAGUACGGCACUUAAUGUUUCCAUCACCGUGCCUGUGCCUAAAGGCUCUGUAAGUAUGUCUCAGGAGCUCAGUAGUCCUGACCAGACUGCGGAACUGCAGCCGAAGAGCAAAGCCCUGCUCUGGGAGAUCCCACGUUUUCCAGGAGGAGCGCAGUUGUCUGCACUGUUCAAGGUGGACGUUCCUGGUCUAAGCUCUGCCUCUUUAUUGGAGGUCGGCCCUGUCAGUAUGUCAUUCGAACUGCCCAAACAAACCUGCACGGGCCUUCAGAUCCGCUUCCUCCGACUCUCUCCAACUCAGACAGGACUGUCACAACGUUGGGUUCGAUAUGUCACUCAUUCUGACUCCUACACCAUACGGAUCUGACCCAACCAGAUGGAACAAACAUUUAAUAUGUACAGCACAUCAAUAGGCGUUGAAGAAACCGCUUUGUGCCUCACCCAUCCAGAUAAAUGUAUUAUUGUUAUUAUUAUUAUUUUGUUGGGAAAUCAAAUCAGUGAUAUUCUAUGCAUAUGAACAGAUUUACAGAUUUGUUCCUUUUAUUUUUUUGCUUUGAGAGAGAGUGAACCAACACAUCUUUGGAGGUACAACAGUAUUGUGUCCAGAAUAACUAAACAAAAAGUGAAACACUGUCCAUUCCUGUGCUUUAAGUCAAAUAAAAUAAGCCCAUCGGUGUAUAAAUAUCAAAUAAAUGACUAAAAACGUUUA